ACAUGUCUCUCCUCCCACAGCCCAUGACAAACAGCACCCACCACUGUUUGUGUUCUACAAGCCACCCCUCCUUGGGCUGGCAACCAUCUCCAACAGGCAGCCUCCCCAGCCAGCCAGCAUCUGACUGAGUACUACCUCCUGCUGAGCACAGGAAGGAAGUGAAAGUGAAAGUUUGAAGCCUGCCGAGGCCGUGUUAAUGCAGGGGAGAGAAAGCUUUGUGUGGAUUUGUCAGCCUUAUGGAAACUCUUUAAAGUCUGGGGUCGUACGGUGUUAACCCCUCUCUACCCACAAGGCUACCGAGGACUGAUACAUAGCAAGACAUCUCGGUUCUUGGUGCACGUUUGCCCUUGACUGCGCCUUGUUCUUAAAGUGACGACAGAUGGGAAACGACACUAAACCGUUCAGAUCAGCUAUGAUCAGUCUCCUCUAUGUGGGAUUUCUGAGUAUUGUAUUAAAUUCUCGUCUGGUUUGCUGUUCUUCCAUCAAUGUCAAUUCAGAUUCGGGUGGCAAUUUAUUUCCAUGGAAAGAGUUUCGGUUGCCAGAUUUUGUAAUCCCACUGCAGUAUGACCUCCUCAUCCAUCCUAAUUUAACCACCCUCACUUUCAGUGGCUUCACCAAGAUUACCGUAAGUGUAACACGCCAAACACAGUUUGUGGUACUGCACAGCAAACACCUGGAUGUCACAAAGACCGGUAUAGAACGAAAACGUGGAAGCAGCAAAGUCUACGAAGACCUGCGUCUCCUUGAAGACCCCACAAAUGAGCAAAUUGCACUUAUUGCUUCUGAACCUUUAAAUCCUGGGGAGAAUUACACUAUAUACAUUGAGUACCACGCUAACCUUUCUCAGAGCUUCCGUGGGUUUUAUAAAGGUACCUACAAAACCGCAGAUGGAGAGAUCAGAGUACUUGCUACAACCCAGUUUGAGCCAACAGCCGCACGGAUGGCGUUUCCCUGUUUCGACGAACCAGCGUUUAAAGCGUCAUUCUUAAUAAAGAUCCGAAGAGAACCCAGACACAGCGCAGUGUCUAACAUGCCUAUAGUGAAAACUGUAAAUAUUGGCAAAGGGCUCCUUGAAGACCACUUUGACGUCAGUGUUAAGAUGAGCACAUACUUGGUGGCUUUCAUUGUAUCGGAGUUCAAAUCAAUCAGUCAAGUGAUGGAUCAUGGAGUCAAGAUCUCUGUGUAUGCCGUCCCAGAAAAGAUCGAGCAGGGUGCUUACGCUCUAGAGGCUGCAGUGAAGCUCUUGGACUUUUAUGAAGACUAUUUUGACAUUCCAUACCCGUUACCAAAGCAAGAUUUAGCUGCCAUUCCUGAUUUUCAGUCCGGUGCCAUGGAAAACUGGGGGCUGACAACCUACCGGGAAUCUUCAUUACUUUAUGACCCAAAGAUAUCAACAGCCUCCCAAAAACUGUGGAUAACCAUGGUGAUCGCUCAUGAACUUGCCCAUCAGUGGUUUGGGAACUUGGUAACAAUGGAGUGGUGGAACGAUCUCUGGCUGAAUGAAGGAUUUGCAAAAUUCAUGGAGUAUAUAGCCGUUGCCAUCACGUAUCCAGAACUGCAAGUCGAAGAUCUGUUGUUGGACAAAUAUUUCCAUGCCAUGGAUGUAGAUUCCCUAAACUCAUCUCACGCUGUCUCUGCACUAGUCGAAACCCCAGAACAGAUACAAGAAAUGUUUGAUGAAGUCUCCUAUGAUAAGGGUGCGUGUAUCCUGAAUAUGCUAAGAGAAUAUAUGGGUGCAGAAAGUUUUGAAGCUGGUAUUGUACAUUAUUUACGUCGGUAUAGCUACCGCAGUGCUAAAAACGAAGACCUAUGGGACAGUAUGACAGAUAUUUGUCCUUCGGAGGAGAAAGCUAAUGGCCAAAAGGAGAUCAGUGGAUACUGCAAGAAGAACCGUCAAGCGUCUCACUGGUCUCAAGGAGAAAUCAUGGAUGUUAAAUCAAUUAUGAACACUUGGACGCUACAGAAAGGCUUCCCGUUGGUUACUGUUACACUAAAGGGAAAAUAUGUUGAACUUCAGCAAGAACAUUAUCUCAAAGGCACCAAGGAUGCAGAAUCCGCGCGUUUGCUGUGGCAUAUCCCUCUGACAUACAUCACUAGCAAGUCUAACACAGUGCAAAGAUUCCUGCUUACAGCUAAGAAAGAUGUGUUGGCCCUCUCAGAAGAAGUGGAUUGGAUAAAGUUUAAUGUGGGAAUGUCUGGCUACUACAUAGUCCACUAUGAAGGUGAAGGAUGGAAUUCUCUGAUCAAACUCUUAAAAGACAAUCACACUGUUAUUAGCAGCAACGACCGGGCUAGCCUCAUCAGCAACGCCUUCCAGCUUGUAAGCAUCGGGAAACUGCCCAUUGAUAAAGCUCUGAGUAUGACUCAGUACUUGAAAAACGAAGACAAGAUUAUGCCAGUGUCUCAAGGCAUGGACAAGCUGGUCCCAAUAUACAAACUCAUGGAGAAGAGGGACAUGAAGGACAUUGAGAUGAAAAUGAAGGCUUACAUUUUGAAUCUGUUUCGCAACCUGAUUGACGUGCAGACGUGGACAGACGAUGGCACAGUAACGGAGAGAAUGCUGCGCAGUUCGCUGCUCGUCCUAGCCUGUGUCCGCGGCUACCAGCCUUGUGUACAGAAAGCAGAAAUCCUUUUCAGAGAAUGGCGGGAGUCUAAUGGAACAUACAGUCUGCCGCGUGAUGUUGCUUUGGCUGUUUAUGCUGUGGGAGGCCAGAAACCCGACGGAUGGGACUUUCUCUUCGAAAAAUACAAAACAAGUCUGUCCAACAGUGAAAUGCAUCUGAUUGAAUUAGCUUUGAGUCUAACACCAAACAAGGAGAAACUGCAAUGGUUGAUGGACGAGGGUAUGAAAGGACACCAUAUAAAAACUCAAGACCUUCCACAUAUUGUUUCCUACGUCAGCAGAAACCCACAUGGUCACAUGUUGGCUUGGGAGUUUCUGAAGAACAAUUGGGAUGGUUUUGUCCAAAAGUUUGAGCUGGGAUCGCGAACAGUUGGCGACAUGGUCGUUGGAGUCACAAAACUAUAUUCAACAAAGGAAUGGCUUCAAGAGGUGGCAGGAUUUUUCGAGCAGUUGAACGAAAAGGGUUCUCAGCUCCGCUGUGUCCAGCAAGCAAGAGAGAACAUUGAAGAGAAUAUCAGAUGGAUGGAUAAAAACUUUGAACUUAUAAAACGAUGGUUAGAAGACAAUAGUUAAUUACUACUUAAUAUUGAGCGACGGAUAUAGACCCUUCUGAACCUAACAAUUUGUGAUGCAAGUCAGCCUGGCAGUUAGAGGGUUAAGUAAUUGACGAGUAAUUAAUGAUUCAGGAGAAUGAAUUAAUGGAGAGGCGUUUAUUGCAGUGUUUACCAAAGUCCAGCAGAGGGAGCACGCAUCAGUCUGGAUUUAAUACUACAAUCUGAAAGUCUCUAUCUGUCGCUCUGCAAGUAAAACAAGCUCAUUGAGACGUUAUUCUCUGCAACAGUUUUUUUUUUGGUGCCAUGAUUUAACAUGAUGUUUGACUCAAAUCAAUUGUUGCUUUAAAUUCGGAAUAUCUCGCUUUAUCCUCCAUUUGCACAUUGCAAUUUAAAGAAGAGCUGUCAAUUAGAAAUAAAAAAAAAUGUUGGCUAUUACGCCUCUGCCCCCCUCCCCGUUCUGAUUUGAUGAUAUAAUUUGAGUUAAAUUAUAGCGUGGGCAAACUGCCAUAUAAGGUAGGUAGUUAGAUGGGUAUAUAGAUAAAUAGGGUGAAAGUGUGGUAGGAAGAUGGAUAAAUGUAAUAAAAACCAAAGAAAAUAGAUACUUGCCCACUAUCCCAAAUUGCUAUACACAUUUAAAUGACUGGAGUUUUUUUUUUAGUAUCACUCCAAUGGUGAUUUUUCCUCUGGUUUUUAUUGUAUGUAUCGGGGCUGAUGUGUUCUAUAGUCUUGGCUGCCGUCCAGGAGUAAUGGGAGUUUAAGGGCAGGGCGUAAUUUUGUAAGAUGGAUACAUGUAUCUAUCUAUAGAGCAGUAGACUGUGAUACUGCGAUAUGGUGGCAGGCUUAGCAUAAUGUAAACCAGGUGAUUUGAUAGGUUCGCUAAUUGUCUGAGACGGGUGUUUUUAGAAAACCAAUAUUAUUAUUUUUUGUGUGGAUGUAAAUAAUAAUAUGAUCAGGGCUAUUUACUAAACUAUGAACUGCUAGGAAUAUACAAGUGAAUUGGAAAUAGCCGACUUACAGAGUGUUUCCAAUUUUGGCGAUAUGGAUCUAAGAUCUGCAAUUUCUUAGUGAAUUCCUGACAAUGAAUGGUUUAGUAAUUAACACUUUAAUGUUAUGUAUGUAUAGAGAACACUUCACUAGUCGGUAAUAGAAAUGAAAGGUUUGUGGUGAGAAUAGCACACGUGGGUUAGACUGCGUGAUAUGUUCAGUGGUGGCAUGUCAUUCAUAGAAUGUCGAUACCAGAGAAUUCUCAUCAAUAACAUAAAGGGGCAGUGAGAGCAAUAUAUAGAGAAAGGACACUGGUCAUAGAAUGUCGAUACCAGAGAAUUCUCAUCAGUAACAUAAAGGGGCAGUGAGAGCAAUAUAUAGAGAAAGGACACUGGUCAUAGAAUGUCGAUACCAGAGAAUUCUCAUCAAUAACAUAAAGGGGCAGUGAGAGCAAUAUAUAGAGAUAGGUCAUAGAAUGUUGAUACCAGAGAAUUCUCAUCAGUAACAUAAAGGGGCAGUGAGAGCAAUGUAUAGAGAUAAUACACUGGUCAUAGAAUGUCGAUACCAGAGAAUUCUCAUCAAUAACAUAAAGGGGCAGUGAGAGCCAUAUAUAGAGAUAGGACACUGGUCAUCGAAUGUCGAUACCAGAGGAUUCUCAUCAGUAACAUAAAGGGGCAGUGAGAGCAAUAUAUAGAGAUAGGACACUGGUCAUAGAAUGUCGAUACCAGAGAAUUCUCAUCAGUAACAUAAAGGGGCAGUGAGAGCAAUAUAUAGAGAUAAUACACUGGUCAUAGAAUGUCGAUACCAGAGAAUUCUCAUCAAUAACAUAAAGGGGCAGUGAGAGCAAUAUAAAGAGAUAUGUCAUAGAAUGUCGAUACCAGAGGAUUCUCAUCAGUAACAUAAAGGGGCAGUGAGAGCAAUAUAUAGAGAUAGGACACUGGUCAUAGAAUGUCGAUACCAGAGAAUUCUCAUCAGUAACAUAAAGGGGCAGUGAGAGCAAUAUAUAGAGAUAAUCAUAGAGAUAGUCAUAGAAUGUCGAUACCAGAGAAUUCUCAUCAAUAACAUAAAGGGGCAGUGAGAGCAAUAUAUAGAGAUAGGACACUGGUCAUAGAAUGUCGAUACCAGAGAAUUCUCAUCAAUAACAUAAAGGGGCAAUGAGAGCAAUAUAUAGAGAUAAUACACUGGUCAUAGAAUGUUAGUUUCUGAUUCAGGUUUGUAUAGUGUUAAAGUAGCUCAGUUAUCAGAAAUCACUUAUACAGCAGCAUAUGGUUUUUUGUUUUUUUUCACAACUGUGAAUACUGUUGAUCAUUUUAAAUCUGUUCAGCAAUUUUUCAUUUUUUUUUUUCUAUUAAUUCAACAAAUUACCAGCACUGCUUUGAAACAAAGCAUCGCCUGUGUUGGAAUGGCCUUUUUUUCUGCACAGCCAAAAGCUGGGAACGUUUCUGUUAUUUCUUUUGAACUCUCACCGACUUUGAACGUUGUGAUGUAAUUCCCAGAUGGCGGCCUCCACCCUGAAACAGUGACAAAUCUAAAACCAUUGUUUUUGUUGAAGAAAAUCUUACUAUCCUUAAAUUAGUGUUUAAACUGAGGAUUGUAAUGAUAUGUUCUGACGACAGAGACACUUAAAGCACAUAUUUUGUCAUACACUGCAGUCGUAGCACUCGCAGAUCCCCCCGGAGAAGCCAUGGUCAUUUCUGUCGGCCGGGCAGGGGUAACUCUCAUUCUGCCCCCGUAUGCCUACAUCCAAGUUGUUAAGUGCCAGGGCCACCACUUGUAAAGCCGGCUGCCACACAUACAAAGGAAACGAGGCA